UGAAGCUGCCAUGCUGUUAGGAAUCUGUGAAGGAUUUCUAAUGGCGAACCGGUCUCUAAAUAUGCGUCUGUUGCAAGGUUUCUGUACAGACCCGAUUCCCGUAGAAACUUCCACGCUUUUCAAGCCUUGUUGCUUGUCUAAGCGGCUAAUAAACUUUCUUCAUCAGUGCAACUUUCCUCGUCGAUGAGUGUCAAGAGGGUCAUCUCUUUUUGAAAUGGUAGUCUUGGAGGUAGACAAGAAAUUGCUUCAGCAGCUUGAAGAGUUGGGAUUCCCAAGAGCCCGAGCAGCCCGGGCACUUCAUUAUUCUGGUAAUACUGGCAUUGAAGCUGCUCUAGAUUGGGUCAUUGACCAUGAGAAUGAUUCAGAUAUUGACCAGAUGCCCUUGGUAGCAGUUAACAUUAGCAUCGAGUCUCCUCAACCAUCAGAUAUCACAGAAGUAAUGAAGAAUAAAGCAAAAGAACUCAGGGAUGAAGUUCACGAGAAGGAAGAGAAGGAAUAUGAAAGAAUUAAGGAAAAGAAGAGAAUUCAAGCAAGUAAGGAGCUUCUUGAAGCAAAACAAAUUGCAGAGGAAAAUGAAAGAAAAUGUAAUUUAGUCUUGCGGAAAGCAGAGAAAGAAGAAGAAAAAAGAGCAAGGGAAAAAAUUCUUCAGAAAGGAGCUGAUAAGCUAGAAAGGAGGCGGUGGCUUGGUUUGCCAUUGGAAGGUCCUGCUCUGAGGCCCUCUCAACCUGUGAUGCUGGAAAGUGGAAAUUCAUUACAUGUAAAAUCUGUCACAAAAGCAGAAAAAAUGAGAGAAUGUUUAAGGUCUAUCAGGCGCAAUCACAGGGAUGAUGAUGCCAGGGUUCAAACAGCUUUUCAGACUCUUUUGGUUUGUAUUGGAAAUGUUGCAAAAAAUCCUGAUAUGGAGAAGUUCAGGAAGAUUAGACUUAAUAACCCGUUAUUCCAUGCUAGGGUAGGGAGUUUAAAAGGAGGAACUAAGUUUCUUGAGCUUUGUGGAUUCGAGAGAAGUGAAGGGAGUGAGUUCUUGUUUCUUCCUCGAGACAAAGUUGACAUCGAAGCAUUACGAGCAGCUGCUUUUGAAUUGAAGUCUGCAAUGACAAAUCCCUUCUUUGGUCUUUUUUAGGGUUAAGAGAAGGUUAAUGCCAUACCAAGCUUGGUUGAAUUAGUUUCUUUUCCACAAAUUUAUGUCUCGUUCAAUUAGGUUUCUGUUAUUUUUUUACUAUUUGAACUUUGAACCAUUUAACUGUUAUUCAGAUAUAUAUUGUUUAAGAAAUGUAAAGACUUUAAUUAUUCA